AUGACACUCUUGCGCAUCGUGCGGACUGUUGCAAGUGCCGUAAAAUCUUUUCCCAACAACGUUCAUUCGCUACCGGUCGCUUCCUGCCGAACCUUCGCCACCUCUAACGCCAUGGCUAACUGCGUUCGCGAAAUCGAAGGUGACCUCUUCAGCGCACCCAAGGACCAUUCGCUGGCCCACUGCGUGGCAGCCGAUCUGAAGAUGGGCGCUGGUAUCGCGGUAAGAUUCAAGCAGCUCUACGGAAAGGUCGACGAACUGAAGGCGCAAAACGCGGACGUCGGUGGUGUGGCCGUACUGGCCGAUGGUUCAUCGCGAUACGUCUACUAUCUGAUUACGAAGAAAACGUACAACCUGAAGCCCACGUACGACGAUCUGACCAAGUCCUUGCGGGCGAUGAAGGAACACAUGGCGAAGAGCGGUGUUGGUAAGCUGGCCAUUCCUCGGAUCGGGUGCGGUAUCGAUGGGCUCGAGUGGGGCAAGGUAAAGGAAAUCCUGAACACGGUAUUCGGGGAAGAUAGCGCGUACGAAAUCGUUGUGUACAACUAUGUGCCGAAGUAAUUGUAAUGCCAUAAAGAAAUCUCCAUUAAGUUCCUUAUCGAUCGACGUAGAAGAUGCAGAGCAAAUUGUAAUAAAAAACGUUUAAAUUUAAA